CACUGUAAGGUAUUGUAAAAACCUUCUGAAGGAAAAUAUAUAAAGAACAUUUUUACAACAAAUAGAAUACUUUAUUUUUAAAAUGCCGGCAUACCACUCCCAGAUUAAGGAAUUCCGUCAACAAGUGGGAAACAUGGCUAUUCUGCCACUGCGAACCCAAGUUCGCGGUCCAGCUCCAAGUGCAAGCGUUGACACCGAUAUCAUUGAUGAGUCAUUAUAUUUUUUCAAAGCGAACGUAUUCUUUCGCACAUAUGAAGUAAAGUCGGAAGUGGACCGUGUUCUUAUCUAUGUAACGCUUUACAUAACUGAGUGCUUAAAGAGACUUACGCGCUGUACUAGUAAAUCCCAGGGGCAACAAGAAAUGUAUAGCCUGGCAAUUUCCAAGUUUGAUAUACCCGGCGAAGCAGGAUUUCCUCUAAACACUGUCUAUGCCAAGCCACAAUCAACCCAGGAUACUGACUUGAUGCGCCAAUAUUUGCUUCAACUACGCCACGAAACCGGGAAUAGAAUGGUGGAGAAGGUUUUUAGCACAGGCGAUGGCAAACCAAAUAAGUGGUGGACUUGCUUUGCCAAAAAAAAGUUCAUGGAAAAGAGCUUGGCUGGACCAGGCCAGUAGCUAAUCAUCUUGCAUAGAUUGUUCAUAUAAAUUAUAAAAAUAU